AUGUCUUGCGCGCAACCCAACCGCCUCCACCACCACAGUCUGACGCCGAACAGCUGUCUGAUCGGGAUCUUGCUGAUAACCCGCUCCUCGGUCGGCCCAACACUGACAUUCCACUACCCGCUACGGCCGCGCCUCGAAUCCUCGGCGCUGACACGAAGCAACUCGCCCACUACCUCGUCGUCGUCGGAAUCCUCGGGCGAAGACGAUGAUGCCGACGAAGGGUCGAGGACUACUACUACUGCGCCGCCGGGAGGGGCGACGGGUGGAGGUGCGGGGUAUGCGGCUAGUGAUACUGAGUCGAGGAGUCGGUAUCAUUCCGGCAGAUCACGGCAUGGUGGAGAUGAUGAGGAAAAGUCUGGGAAGGUGAAGAAGAAACAUGGCGAGUACAAUCACGUACUGGGAUUCGAAAGCGACUUUCUGGCCGGGCUGUUGGCACCACGCAUGGCCGCGGCUAAGGGGAGGUUUGAAAUGAGUGUAGACGAUGUGGUGUUCCUGGGUGCACCGGUGCAUGUCAGGCCAGAUGGAUUGUGGAGGAAGCGCAAGAAGCGGAGGAGGAAGAGUGAGCCUGAUAAUGGCGAGGAAGAGGAGGAGGAAGAAGGGGAGGCGAAAGAAAAUGUGGCGGAUUGGAACGUCGCCGCAGAAGGGGAUGAGCAGGGGGAGAAUGGGGAGACUGGGUUAAAUCACCAUCACGAUGGCGAUGCGGACGACGAGCGCGACGACGACGGUGACACGCUGAAGGGCUCCGGCACGAUGAACAUGUUCCACGUUGUCUUCGUCCUCAACCCACCGGAGCUAGAAUAUCACUUUCGGGUCAAGGAGAUGUUCGAAUAUGUGGUGAAGCGGUUCUCUCGCGCGCUCAAGUACGAGCAGGCCAAGGAUGGGUAUGUGUGGCGGGAGGCGGAGAAGAUCUCGCGCAUGAAAGAUCAGGCGGCUCAGAAAGAUACGAGCUUUGGGGAGCUGUGGAGGCAGAUACUGGAACAGAGUAACCUGGCCUACGCUAUUUCGCGCAUCUAUAGCGAUAUCUCGCAGAGCAAGAUUGCCCAUGUACUGCUCAACAACUCGCUGGGACUUUCGCUACAGAUCCCGAUUGUCUCCGAGAUCGCAGUGUUGCCAACACUCACGGAUCCGCAAGUGCCUGGCCUGCCAUUGACAACAGCCAAUUCAUUCGGCGACGACGAAACUGAGGGCGAUGUGUUGCUCGCAAAGCACUUUACCCUCCUCUUCCUCGAAGACGUCGAGUCAAUCCUCAAAGAAAUCGCCGCCGAAGCAUCCGAAUCAUCAGCGUCACUCGCACACUUCGUUAAAUCCGUGAAGCCUACGCUCUCCUUCAUCCAAAUUUCGCAGCAAUGCGGAAUUCAACUCCAAGAUAUCCAAACCCUAGCACGGCACCUUGUGCACUGGCGCAAAGCACGGGCAAUCCCCCCGAUUCACCAGCGGGAUACUUACAUUGUCUCACCGAACGCGGACAUGAAGCGGCUGUCGAGCCUAAUCCCGCUCUAUGCCAAAACUUUCCCCACACUUCCCGCUCUGCCAGUCAUGUUAUCGCUCCUCUCGGGAAAGCCAAAGCCAUACGUUACCUUCAUCCCCACCCGCGACCACCGCGGCGCAUACCUUGAGAUCCUGACCUGGCUCAUCCGCUACAGCCUCGUCACACAACUACGUAACUUCGCCUGGGUGAAGAUUCCAAUACACGUCAAGAUGGCAGUGCAUAAAGAACGGCAGAUGCAGAUGUCCCCCCAGCCGCCGGAGCCGAUCGAGGAUGACGUCGACGAGAAGCUGGAGGAAGAGAGCUUUGUGCUGGAACCUAGUAGGGCCAGUGGCAUCGAGAGUGCGUGGUUGGAGAUGUGUACGCGCCACCAGCCCAAGGAUGUGAAGAUUCUUUUUGAGAGGAUGGCGAAAUAUCUGAAUGGGCAGCAUGCGCUGGAGAAGAUUGCGAUUAGGGAGGGGAUUAGUCGGAGAGAAGUCAGGAGAGUCCUGGUGGCUAUGGAGUCGGUGUUGGUUUAUGCUAAACACUGGUAGAUGGAGAGUACUCUAGAAUAAUGUUCUUGUAGAAGCUGUAAUCAAAAGGAUCAUCAUGGGUAUCAAUCAUUACAU